AUGAAGGUGGGUAAUCAGACUGCUACAGUGAUAGCUCAGGAGACGUGUCAGCUAGCCAUCAGAGAUGGAGGAGGUCUGGAGGUGCUCAUCAACCUGCUGGACACUGACGAGGUCAAAUGUAAAAUUGGUUCACUGAAAACCCUGAAGGAGAUCAGCUGCAGCUCUCAGAUUCUGACCACCACUGACUUGAGGGGUCUCCAGACCAUGUUGUCCAUCCUAGCCCCAGAUAAAGAGCUGAAGUGUCUGACUGCAGAGACUAUUGCCAAUGUGGCCAAGUUCAGGAGAGCCCGCAGGACAGUGCGUCAGUAUGGUGGGAUCAAGAGACUGGUGGAGCUGCUGGAUUGUGUUCUUGACUCAGCCACACUUAGUGCAGAGCAGGAGAAAGACGUGGAGGUGGCCCGCUGUGGAGCUCUGGCUCUCUGGAGCUGCAGCAAGAGCACCAGGAACAAAGAAGCUAUCCGCAAGACUGGAGGAAUCCCUCUGCUCGCCCGCCUGCUCAAAUCCCCCCAGAAGAACAUGCUCAUCCCCGUGGUGGGCACUCUGCAGGAGUGUGCAUCUGAGAGCAGUUACAGGACUGUCAUCCAAACAGAGGGAAUGAUUAAGGAUCUGGUAAAGAAUCUUAACUGUGACAACCAGGAGCUUCAGAUGCACUGUGCAAGCACCAUCUUUAAGUGUGCGGAGGACAAGUGUAUGCGAGACCUGGUCCGGCAGUACAAAGGUCUGCAGCCUCUGGUCUCUCUGCUCAGCCAGACUGACAACAAGCAGCUGCUCCCAGCAGCAACAGGAGCUAUCUGGAAAUGCUCCAUCAGCAUGGAGAAUGUAGCAAAGUUUGAGGAGUUUAAGACUUUGGAGAUUUUGCUAAUUCUACUAACAGCCCAGCCUGAGGAGGUGCUGGUCAAUGUGGUGGGGGUUCUUGGAAAGAGUGGCGGCAUCCCACGCCUUGUCAGUCUGCUGAGGGAAACUAACCAGGCUCUAUUAGUGAACGUCACCAGAGCUGUAGGAGCAUGCGCUACCGAGCCUGAGAACAUGGUGAUCAUUGAUCAUCUAGACGGGGUGCGUCUGCUCUGGUCCUUGCUGAGAAAACCAGAUCCAGAUGUUCAGGCCAGCGCUGCCUGGGCCAUCUGCCCCUGCAUAGAGAAUGUGAAGGACGUGGGAGAAAUGGUCCGUUCAUUCAUGGGCGGCUUAAAGCUGAUUGUUGACUUGCUAAAAUCGACCAAUAAGGAAGUGCUGACCAGUGUGUGUGAUGUGAUUUCCAGAAUAGCCAAAGAUGAAGAGAACCAGGCCAUCAUUACUGAGCACGGAGUGAUGCCCAUGCUGACCAACCUCACCAACACAGUAAAUGAUAAGUUGCGUCGGCAUCUGGCAGACACCAUUUCUCACUGCUGCAUGUGGGGUAAUAACCAUGUGGCGUUCGGGGAGGAAAGGGCUGUUGCCCCUCUGGUCCGAUACCUGCGCUCAAAAGACCCCUCAGUUCACCAAGCCACGGCCCUGGCCCUCUACCAGCUGUCCAGAGACCCCAACAACUGCAUCACCGUGCAUGAGAGCGGCAUGGUCCAGGCUUUGCUUUAUGGAAAAUCAGGCUCUGAAAGAUGGUAG